AUGUUAGAAUACAUCAAGGCACCCGAGUGGAGCGGGCGAGAAGGCCAGGAAAGGCCUGGUGAUGAGGUUAGUACGCGUCAACACGCGUCAUCUCACCCAUCUGAACGAAUCGCUAUCGACGUAUCUUGCAAACUUGACAAGGAAGGGCAUAAAAAAAAAGCAGACCGUGAUUCAAAAAAGAAUAACCCGAGCGAUCAACUCCCUCGAUCUGUUCGAGUGGUCAAAGAACUUCGACGUAUCACGCUUCAUUUUACUCCAAGUUGGUUUAGCGUCAAUAUGGGAACUGGGAUUUCCUCCAUAUUGCUUCAUCAGCUUCCUUUUCAAUUCCGCGGUCUUGGAAUCAUCUCCAAUGUGAUCUUUGGGCUGAAUGUCUUAUUAUUCCUUUUCUUCUGUGCGAUCAGCAUAGCACGCUACACAGUGUGGCCUACCAUGGGGCCUACUAUGCUUUUUCAUCCUACUCAGUCUCUUUUUCUUGGUACAUUUGCGAUGGGUUUCGCCACAAUUGUCAAUAUGUGUGCACUUUCUGCAUCUCCGGCGUGGGGACCGCAGUUUGCAAUCUUUACGUGGGUUUUGUGGUGGAUAGAUGCCGCAUUCUCGAUUGUGAUCUGCAUAGGUUUGCCGUUUCUUCAAUUUACGCGGCAUGAGCAAUCUCUGGACAAGGUGACAGGUGUCUGGUUUUUGCCAGUCGUCUCGACGAUUGUGGCGGCUGCUAGUGGAGGCAUCGUUGCUGAAGUAUUGCCACCAGCUCACGCAAGGUUAACCCUCGUCGUCUCUUGGAUUCUCUGGGGAACAGGUUUUCCACUUGCAAUUCUCCUAAUGGCUUUGUAUUUCCAUCGCCUCGCGGUUUUCAAGAUUCCACCUGCUUCUGUAAUCGUCAGUGCCUUCCUGCCGCUUGGUCCCUGCGGUCAAGGCUCUUUUGGCAUUCUACAGAUCUCAUAUGCUUUGAAAGGAAUCGUUCGGAAAUCUGGCCAAGCAUUGGUUGCUGGUGAGAGCGGAGAAGAUGCAAUGCAGUUCGCUGAUGCAAUCUAUGCUGCAUCAAUCCCAGUGGCUUUAGUGAUUUGGGGAUUAGGCUUGGUGUGGCUUGUAAUCGCAGUUAGCUUUUUGGUAGAUCUUUUUUGGGUCUCGAAGCUCACGUUCAACCUUGGAUGGUGGGGCUUCACAUUUCCACUCGGAGUCUUCUGCACUGCCACUGUGCAACUUGGGAAAGAGCUUAACAGCGGGGCAUUUAGGAUCUUGGGGACAAUCUUAUCGUUAGUAGAAGUGGCGUUAUGGCUAUUCAUUGCUAUUAAAACAUUUAUAGGAGCGCUUUCCGGAAAGUUGUUCUUUUCGCCCUGCCUAGCCGAGCAAGGAGGUGAGCCGCCAGAGUUUGUGGCACCAGCACGCAAAUAUCAAUAUGAAUGUCGCGAUGAUUGAAUAGUAUCGCAUUUUCCUUUCACUGAGUUAUAGUAAAAGUUCUCUAUCAUCUACGAAACCCUCUUUGUAUUCAGAUGAUCUUCGAGAUCCACACCAGAAUAAAAAUUUGGACGGCUUAUUUGAGCUCCAGUGUGGCGCAGGAUUCAAAUGAAUCUCAUCUUUUCCUGAAGGAGAUUAAAGAAUGCGGAAGGAAAUAGAAAAGUGUAAAUCAUACAUUUCUUCCACUUCAUUUUUGCUAAGUAUAUCUGUAAGAUUUUCGUAAUUCACCGGUGUCCUACUCUCCGUAAUUCACGAGAAUUGGCAUUUGCUUAAUCUUGAAAGGGAGAAAGGCGCUGAGAGACUGACAUUGAGCAGUCGUUUGCAUGACAGUGAUGUUUAAUCAUUGUGAUAUGGAUGCGAUCGUGCACCGACGUUUACCUUUCAACUCUGUAAGACAAGCCAAUUGGAUCCAG